GGAUCGAUUCCGAAUAGUCGCCUUUUACGUCUCUAUGGCUUUGUCGUGCCUGAGAAUCCGCACGACAGCUAUGAUCUCGUUCUUGCAACGCACCCUAGUGCGCCGCUUUUCGAGCAAAAGCAUAAGCUCUGGGUAUCGGCUGGACUCGAUUCGAGCUGUACCAUCUCCCUCACUCUCACCGAUCCGCUACCGAAAAAACGUCCUCCGAUACCUCCGUAUUCAGCGACUGGACGAAUCGGAUCUCUCUGUUAUAGCCGUUCAACAGAUCGAUAGAACAGAUGAGAAGAUCAGCCAUUCGAACGAAGUAGAAGUCCUGCGGUUUUUGGUAGAAUCGUUCUGUCACCUUCUAGAUAAUUUCGGGACCCCGCUGGAAAAGCUAGAAGAACAACUCGCCGAGGGUGUCUAUCCUUCGGGAGGGAACGCAUGGGCUGCGGCGCACGUUAGCAUGGGUGAACAGCGCGUGUUAAGAUUGGCGAGAAAGAGAGCGGAGGAUUUGUUAUCGGCGGUGGAGAGCGGAAGUGGCAAUGUUGCUGGUUCGCUGUCAGCACUGGCGCGAUGCGCGAAUUGCAAAAAGGUUUCUGCGCAGUUGAUGUUGUGCGGGAGGUGCAAAGCCGUUGCGUAUUGCGGGCGGACGUGCCAGGUCGCUCAUUACAAACAGCACAAGGCAGUAUGUCGAGCUACCACUUCUAAAAGUGGUUCUGGGAUGAAGUGAAAGUACCUAUUUUCCUCAAAUUCAUUACUAUCAUGGAUGGCUCUUGGUCGUCUCGAGACGUUGAC